UAUUGGGCCUUAAAAAACCUAAAAACAAAUCCCAAAUAUAUAUACACAUAAAAAUCUCUCUAGGGUUUUUUUUCUCUUCAUUGGAGCAUCUCGUUAGCAGCAACAACAACAACAACAACGAACAACAACAAUAAGCCAUGGUUCUAAAGACAGAACUCUGCCGUUUCAGUGGUGCCAAGAUAUACCCAGGGAGGGGCAUCAGAUUUAUUCGUGCAGAUUCUCAGGUGUUCCUGUUUGUCAACUCAAAAUGCAAACACUACUUCCACAACCGCCUGAAGCCUUCGAAGCUUACAUGGACAGCCAUGUACAGGAAGCAGCACAAGAAGGAUAUUGCUCAAGAAGCUGUUAAGAAGAGGAGACGCGCCACAAAGAAGCCUUACUCUAGGUCCAUUGUGGGUGCAACCUUGGAGGUAAUCCAGAAGAAGAGAGCUGAGAGGCCAGAAGUUCGUGAUGCUGCCAGGGAGGCUGCUCUUCGUGAAAUCAAGGAGCGAAUCAAGAAGACUAAGGAUGAAAAGAAGGCGAAGAAGGCAGAAGUGAUGGCCAAGUCACAGAAAGCUGGAGGUAAGGUUAACCUGCAAAAGGGAGGAUCGAAAGGCCCUAAGCUUGGUGGCGGUGGUGGAAAACGUUAAGCUAUUGUUCAUGUUGUUUUCUAAGUAGUACUUAGAGUGUAGCUAUUCUGAUCUACCAGCGUUUAGCGCGCGCUCUGAAAAAACAUAUUUCUGAAUUUUUGUCUUGUUUUAAAUAUGCAGAUUGCUGUACUUUUGUUUCGUUGUGAUAAUUAUAAUCUUGUUCUAUUAUGAGAA